CACAGACACAGCAUGCACAUGAGCCAUUAUACUCAAGCGUUAAAGAAACGACGACUUGUGGGUGUUUGGAAAGUCUUUGUCUUAGCUAUAGAGUAGACAGCGUUCAUUUACUGGCUUGAUUCGGUAUUGUUGUAAAGGCGCGUGGAGAAGCGCGCUCGAGUUCAGCAGCUGGAAGAGUUUGCGGGUGUCGCACCGGGCUCUCUUCUCCUCGUUUUGGGUUAACUUUUGUAGUUAUUUUUAUUUUAGAGGCAUGACGCCCUCUGAGCUGGGUUUAUUCUUUCGGAUACACGGGGCUGGUCUGUAUCAUGUGAAAACGGAUUGAAUUGGACACGCUGUGGAUUGGGUACGUUUGGAUCGCGUAAUUCAUAUAGUCAACUUCUUCCAGACUUUCCAUAAUGUUUCACAACUCUCAAGAUUAAUGGUUUGAAGGGGAGGGAGAAGUGCAGUGGGAGACUGAGCUUUAAAUCUGAAGCUGAUAUCCCCCUUGAAUGAUGCCCAUAGACAGACUCGCAGACAUGGAGGAGAAACUUCGUAUUUUGGAGGACCUUAAUAUGAUAUACAUUCGCCAGAUUGCCCUGAGUUUAAAGGACAGUGACAUUCAGAAGAAGAUCGACUAUGAGAUCCGGAUGCGUGAGGGGGCGUGUAAGCUGCUGGCUGCCUGUUCUCAGAGGGACCAAGCACUGGAGGCCUCCAAGAGUCUCCUCACCUGCAAUGCCCGCAUCAUGGCCUACAUGUCAGAGCUCCAACGCAUGAAGGAAGCGCAGGUCAUGCAGCGGGUCGCACGCAGCUCUUCUGAUGCAGGUCCAAUGGAUGAUCGAUCACCAUGUAAAGGCAAAGUAGCAAUUUCAGAUCUUCGGAUACCUCUAAUGUGGAAAGACACUGAGUAUUUUAAGAACAAAGGAGAGCUGCAUCGGUGUGCUGUCUUCUGUCUGCUGCAGUUAGGUGGUGAGAUCUUUGACACAGACAUGGUGAUGGUGGACAGGACCCUCACAGACAUCUGCUUUGACAACACGAUUGUCUUUAAUGAGGCAGGCCCAGGGUUCGAGCUGCGGGUUGAGCUGUACAGCUGUUGUUCUGAGGAGGACUACUCAGCAGGCAGCACACCACGGAAACUGGCCAGCAAGUUGAGCUCAUCUCUGGGCAGGUCAGCGGGAAAGAAAAUGAGGGCAACCAUGGAGCCCGGAGCCUGCAGCCCCAAUAGCAAUGGAGGAGGAGCCACAAUUCUGCUGCCUGUACCCUCUGUACCGGGGCCCAAAUAUCACCCUCUGGCUCACACGACCCUCAAUCUGUCUCAUGUCCAAGACAGCUUCCGCACACAUGACCUCACCAUCACAGGAAAUGAGGAGUGCUCUUACUGGUUGCCUCUUUAUGGCAGUGUAUGUUGUCGUGUGGCUGCUCAACCUCAUUGUAUGACACAACAGAUGAUGAGUGGCUGCCUAAGAGUCAAACUUGGAGGUGAGCCACAAGGCUGGACAAAUGUCUAUGGUGUCUUAAAAGGGACAAAUCUCUUCUGUUAUCAUCAAAAAGAAGACAUGGAGGCCAAUGUGGAGCCUGUCUUAACUAUUGGUAUUAACAAAGAGACGAGAAUACGAGCAGCAGAGAAGGACCUUCACAGCAAGGCACAGAAUAUCUGCAUCACUAACCAAUAUGGAGGAGAGGAGGUGACACACACACUAACGGCAGACAGCAGAGAGGACACACAGGGCUGGAUGGAAGCGUUCUGGCAACAGUUCUAUGAUAUGAGUCAGUGGAGGCAAUGCUGUGACGACCUGAUGAAGAUUGAGUUGCCUUCACCACGGAAACCUGCCAUAGUCACGCCCAAACAGGGCUCCCUGUACCAUGAGAUGGUUAUUGACACCUCUGAUGACAUCGGAACGGUCACUGACAUCCUGACACGUCGUAUUGAGGAGUUCGAGCUGAGGGCGCAGCUCGCAGCGCCGCCUCAUUGGAUGUCCUCGUUCGAAGAACAGCCCCCAAGAACUCCCAUCAAUCAUCAGCACCACCGUAUCAUGCACCUGCCCCCGCACUCACCCAGCCCUCACCUGCACAGCCGUCAGCCUCGCAGCCCACAAUGCCACCGAACCCCCGGUAUUCUCUCCUCCAAUGCCAGCCUCACGUCAGACAGCGAAAGCCCGGCCAGUGCCAGCCCAUGCUUUCGCCAGGCAUGGUCCCCCGACACCUCUUGCUCUUCCAGCCACAUCCGCCCCAGAACCCUCUCCCUGGAUGCAAAGCUCUCCACUCUGCGCAGUCGAGGCUACGGUGGCUUCCAGUGCACCUGCCAGCCUCCAUCUGCUGGUUCUCUGUCUCCUCGACCCACUCAGACUGCUCUGUCCUGCUCCAGUUCAACUUCAAGCAACAGCUCAAGUGAGGGAAGCAACAGCCAAGAGUCAGAACUGGGCUUCUCCAGACCGUCCAGUUCACGACGAAGCCUCAGGAAUCUGAGAGCCAAGCUGGACCCCAGGAACUGGCUACAGAGUCAGGUGUAGCUGUCAUAAUUUCUACAAUCAGAACUUUUCUGAUACAUCACAGCCUCCAAAUCUUCCUGUGUCCCCCUGGAAAGAACUGGAAUUUCUGAGGUCAUGCAUGCUCAAUGGCAAUCAUUGCAUCUUCUUUAUAUCUGAGAACAAUGACAGGCAAAAUGUUUUCUUCAGUGCAGUCACCACAAUGGGAAUUAGAUUGCUAUUUACAAAAUACACUACUACAUUGUCUCUACAUGAAAUGCCCAUUUAUGUGCAAGACUUGCAACAAACAGAUUUUUUACAUUGUGAAAUUAUUUUCAUGACAGUUACGCACAUUUUACCCGUAAAUCUCUAGGGAUCCUAAGUCUUUAUAAUAUUCUCAUUUGCGCAAUGUGGAAAAAAUUAUAUUAUUAUUUAAAUUGUAAAUUAUAUAUACAUCAUAGUAGUACUUCUUUGGAAUGCCUUUGAUUUAAAAAAAAUAAAAAAAUAAAAAAUUACAACAGCAUUUUAUUUAUUUUAUUAUGUUGGGAAAAGAUGACUGUGUUAUGGUAAUGAGAAUCAUCAUUGAAAACAAUGGGAAUAGUAAUUGUCCGGACGCAUUACGAUAAUGAGGAUUGGCGGGUAAAAUGUGCUUAUGUGUCCUCAAAAUAAAAUCACAGUGCCAAAUAUCUUUAUGGUCCUAAAUGAACCGUAUGCUUCAUUUUCUUUUUGUAAAAUAUAAUUUCAUAUUUUUUAGUAAUGCUUUGGGCUUAAAUAUGACCAGAACAUUUUCUUGACAGGUUGUGUGAGAACCCUUGUGUGGUGUUGCAUUAAGAUUUGUCUUCACUGAAAUUACUGAAAUAGCCAAACCCAUUCAUUAGAAGAGGGUGUCCACACACUUUUUGCCAUGUAGUGUAAAUUACUCAGAAAGAGAGAAGUUCUGCCAUGCUAGCCUCUUCUAAAAUUCUGAGGAUUAAUCAUCACUAACAUUAAAGACUUGCAAAUAUUACAGGAUGAAUUAAUUUAAUUGAAACAUUUUAUAUUAAUAGUUAAAUAAUCCUACCAAGUGUGAAAGUUAGCUCAUCACUGAUAUUCCUUUUUAACUUAUUGAGUGACACCUUUAGCAUUUCAACUUGCAAGCAGAAAGUUUUCUAGCAGACCGUCAUCAAUUUUAAUUAUGCACCAUCUGUGACUCGUUAGUUAUAUGAAUCAAUCAAUGACUUUAACAUCAUACAGCAUAAUUGUUACAAAAUGUCUGUUACAGUUCAUCACGAAAUACUCUUUGCAUGGCUUCAAUACACUAUGCAAAGGUGCAGACGUCUCAAGACUCUAUAUUCAGGUUUUAUAAUUACAUGGGAUAAUGUGACUCUGUUUACUACUUUUAACUGUUAUGACCUCAGGAUUACUGUACAUAAGUUAUUUCACUCUGUAAAUGUGAACCCUAUAUUGAAUCUUGUAAAGUUAAAGAUUAGAAAACUCAUAAACCAGGAUUCGACACAAGCAAUGGUUAGAAUUUUGGGUUACAGCCGGGUGUUUUUUUUUUUAAUGGUGCUUAGUUUUGAGCCAGUAAAAGCACUGUGUGAAGGUUUGCAAAGGCAUUACUAUGCAAAGCUACAACAGCUCAAAGUGGAUUUCAUUUACAACAGAGGUACAUGCAUUACGUUAAGCUUGCAUUAUUUCCUCAUUAAAACGCAUUAUAUGCUUCUAAAAGCUGAUUUUCAUUCCCCCGUGUCUCAGUGUAAAGUCUUCCAGCUUUGGUCUGACAAAUUGUCUUUGUUGACCAGGUGUUAUUUGUUUUAAGUGGUCAAUGUUUAAAAUAUUAGCAAUAUUAACAAUAAUAAAAGUCUAGCUGGAUAACUAUUGUUGUGAUUUCAGUAUAUUGUCAGUUGUGGAGUUGCAGUCUAUCUUGCCAUAACAAAAAAUUAACAUUUCUGAGACAGGUUAAUGCAGAAAGAAAAUCUGCAUAAUAUAUUAGGUAUUCAAACCUGAAUUAUAUGUUAGAUUUGAAAUCAAAAAUCUGAGAUGGCAACUUUUCUUCCUUUUAUGAUUACUUGUAUAAUGUAUUAUAAAUGUCAGAAAGGUGGAAGUGUAGACAAUAUGGACUAAACAUCCCUCUCAAAUUCAGAAGUAAUGAAGAAAAGGUUUGUUUUAGUACUAUGAUGACACCGACUUCAGAAUUAACAAAUCUCAAGUGAUAAAAGAGCCACUGACUUGUAUAAGUCAUUCAUUCGAACACUACUUGUUACUGUAAAGUUUUGUAAUUUAGCAUUUUCAUUUUUGCUUUUACUAAAGUUGUAUUUUACCAUAUUAAUUUUUGUUAUAAAUAAAAUUAUAUCUAAAUAUUAUCAUCUCAUGAUUAAAGCUCUAACUUUCCUGGCAUAACAUUGAAUGGGUAACCUGGAGGCGAAUGCCAUUUCAGCAGACUGUCUGUACAUUGUCUUUGGAGAGAAAACUCAUUGAUCAUGUACAAUAACAACACAUUGUAAAGAAUUAAAUUAAAAGUAAAUGCAACAGUU